CUAGUUUCAGAAGUCACGUGGCCGACUUCAUCGAUUAGGAUUAGAAAAUUUCUUUCAGAUUCUUGCCGCCGUAUAGAACGUUCUACUUCUCCCUCAAUUACACUCUCAGAUGUCUGUUGAUCUCUCAAAACUCGACCAGCACCUUGCAACUAGGACCUACGUCGAAGGAUAUACUCCUUCACAGGCCGAUGUUCACGUUUUCAAGGCGUUACCCUCUGCUCCUGAUCCUUCCCUCGUCAACGUAACCAGAUGGUACAAGCACAUUGCGUCUUAUGCUCCUGAGCAUGCUUCUCUCUCUGGUUCUAGCAAGGCAGGAGAAGCUUUUAUCAGUUCUGCUGCACCUGCUCCAGCCGAGGAAGAUGAUGAGAUUGAUCUCUUUGGUGAAGACGAAGAAGAAGAUGAAGAAGCCGAACGCGUUAAGGCUGAACGGGUGGCCGCGUACAACGCUAAGAAAGCUAACAAGCCCAAAACCAUCGCGAAGUCUGUUGUUACUCUUGAAGUCAAGCCUUGGGAUGACGAAACGGAUAUGGAAGCUUUAGAAAAAUCUGUGCGUAGCAUUGAGAAGGAUGGACUGGUUUGGGGCUCCAGUACACUUGUUGCUAUUGGUUAUGGUAUCAAGAAACUGCAGAUCACGCUCGUCAUUGAGGACGAGAAAAUUUCCACCGAUGAACUUCAAGAGGAGAUUGCAGAAUUCGAAGAUUACGUCCAGAGCACUGAUAUCGCAGCCAUGCAAAAGCUCUAAUCUAAUUGGAAAUGUGUAUAUCACUUAUUGACUACCGGAAUAUGGUUGUACAUUGUCAAAUGCCUGUUAGGUAUCGUGGA